UGUGACGUUAUGUUUACUUCAAACGCAGAAAAGCAAGCAGAAGAAAUUUCUGUGCGUCGUGAAUUGCACAGCGGUCCGUUCUCUUCGUGUCUACAGAGUUAGGAUAUAAGCAUCUUACUUGCCAAUUCACGACAUUUCUUCACAAUAAUAGUGGAAGAAAACGUCAACUGCCCGUGACCAGGCUACAGCACAUACAGAGAUGGCAUCUGCAGGCUAUAAGGACAUUAAGAACAAUUUCUUACAAUGUGAAGAGACACAAGAUGCAGUGAAAUACCUGAAACAGGUCUCUGACACAGUGUGCAAACAUCACCAUGCGAGUAUUACUCUCAAGAAGCCAAAGAAAUCAGAGUGGAAGGUUGGGGGCCUGGAUGACACGUCCUACAAAGGAGAAGAGGAAGUUAAAGAGUGGGGGAACUUCUACCUACCAGACAGUGUGACGAUGGAGGUGUUAGGAGCUGUGGAAAACCUCCCCUACCCGACAGAGAGUGGCCAGCUGGUCAUAAUGCUGUGUGAGGACCGUCAUGUGUAUGCUUAUGACGGAGAGGAGAUGCACCUGGUCGCUCUGAGCCUGAAGGAAGUCUUUGACUCUGGGCUUCAGUAUCCUGGCUCCAAGUCCUUCUACAGAGGGGAGUGCUUUAAGGACAUGACGAAGGAAGACUGGGCCAUGGUAAGACAGGGCAAAGUGGGGAGGAGACUUGAAAAGGAGCACCAGGAGUUACUGAGACAAGCCAAACCCAGCUUCCUGAGUUGUCUUGACUCCAUCAAAGGAGAUAGCAGCACAGGUGCCAGUAGCUAUCCCGAACCAGUGGAACCUCCAACAGUACUUGUUUAAGAAGCAAUAUAAUCACUACUUAUAGACCCAUAGUGACAAAAACUGGUAAUAAAUUCAAGUUAACGUGUAUGCUGGUGUAUUAGGGCUGUGGUGGUCAUGAAAUUUGAAUUGUUAUGCAAAUUCCUGCCGAUGUCAUGGUAUUUGACCGUUAUUUAACAAACACAUUUAGCUUCUCCUGGAUUCCACCCAUAGAGUACAUCUACAUUUUUAAAAGUAAAAAAAAUCUAUUUAAUAUAGCCUACACCAUCACAAUAAAUCCAUUAUGUAUUUUGUGGAGGUCUAAAGAAACAAUAUGAUAUGAAGAAAAUGUAGCCUAUUUCAGAAGAACAGAAUAGCAUAUUCUGAGUUGUCCUUAUGUUAGCCCUGAUCUGGCUAUGCCAUAUGGCUGUGGGUUAAGCUACUUCAUUUAGCAGGCAAUAAUUGCUUAUAAUUCCUGUGGCAUUAAUUUAUAUUAUUUUAUAGUGAGAACAAUAAAAUUGAACAUAGCUGAAUAAAAAAGAAAAGAUAUGUUUCCCCAAAUUAUUUCCAAUGGAGUGCAAACAUGCGGCUAUCCUGUGUUGAACAUUUAACAAAGAAACAGAACCUCUUAUAUGCUCAAUUUAGAGUUAUUUAUGCAACUUUAGUUGUGAUAAAUGUUAGGCUAUAUGUUUUGAUUUCUAAUACAUUCUAAGGCUGCAUGAUGCCAGUAAUGAUGAAUAGAAAAAAAGUUGCAUGAAAGGCAAGCACUUUGCUCUGUUUCUUGCGCAGGCUGCACACUUUUCAUCAGUCUCUCAUUGCUAAUAUUCUCACCCAUCAGACUAUUCUCAAUAUAAUCAGGUCUUUACAUAUAGCCUUUACAUAUAGCCUAUAUGUGUGGAAUAUAUAUAUUUUUUUAGAAUGGCCAACCUCCCCCCAAAAAACCUGCCACUAAUAGAAAGUGGAGGUUACGUGCUGUUAUGUUUUUAAUAUGCCAGGUAGGCUACACGGUUUGUAAAGCGGAUUAAUGUGCUUACUUUUAAGAAUUGAGCAAUAAAUAUAGCAACACGAGAAAUCUGGGAUCUUCUUUUAAAUAGUAGCCAGUCAAACUGUGUUCACACGCGAUUGCGCAAUUACUUGGCUUAUAAGAAACCAUUUCACUAGGCUCUGUAGGCUAUGGGCUCACCAACUGUGGUCUUGAGGUCUUGGGACUAUGCUUUUUUGGGAGUUAUUUGGCCACUUUAGUUGUGAAUCAACCUUAUCAAAACAUAUAGGCCUGUUUGCUAGGCUACAUGAUGCUUGCGACUAUGAUUAGAAAAACUCCCACAAAAAAUGCAUGCGCUGUUUCUUGCCUCAGACUGCACACCCUGGGCAUCAUUCACAAGUGAUAAUAUUCUCACCCCCAUUAAACUAUUUUCAAUUUAAUCUAGUCUUUACACAUACUAAAUAAUGUGUGAAAUUGGUUUUGAUUUAGAAUGGGCCAUUAUCAUGCACCUGUUGUAACAGGGGAUGGGAUAAAAAAGACAUGUAGUCCGUAUGUCCUUGAUAGCAAAUGGAGGAUGCUUUCCCCUAGGUUCAUUUUCUUGCCAGCCAGGUAGGCUACUCCAGUUGUAAAGCAAAACAAUGUGCUUAAUUUUAGGAAAGUUGAGAAAUAAAUAUAGUCUAUAGAAAUCUGAUGGGAUCCUCCUCUUUAAUAGAGCUCAUCAAAACUCUUUCUCACGCAAUUGCAUAGCCUAUAGAAAUGUUACGCAACAGGACUUAUAGGAACACUUAUUUAAUUAUCAUAGCAUCAACCAGGUAUGAGUUGCUAGCACUCUCAUGAAGUGUUUGAUUUGAUUUAAUUGGACAAUAGAUCGCUGAGUACCAGGCCAUUAGCGUCUGCCGAUUAAUCCGUUUGGUAGGCUACUAAUGACCAUCAGAGCGCAGUUUUGGAGAAUUCUAGUUAACGUGACUAAAUGUUACAUGGAAUUUGACUGCGGUCAUGACUCGCGACUGCUGGUGGGCGGUAAUAUGGUCACCUUAACAGCCCUAGAUGCAAUGCAUGAUGCAUCCUUUUGGUUGUUAAUUCAAUGUGUCAAAGUUUUACUUCUAUCCUGUCCAUAAUCAAAUGAACUAGACCUACUAAAUGUGUGAAUUAUGAAUCUUCUCUGCAUACAGGACCAUGUCAUCAUUGUCUGGACACUUAAAGUCUUAUCUGACUGUAUGUUUACAGUAGUGGUAGAAAAUUCAGUAAAUAUGUUGAUAAAACUUUGAAUGUUUAACUUUUUUCCCCUCCAAAGUAUGCAUGUUACCUGUUUAAACCUCUCCUGCACAUUUUUCCUGUCUCGUCACUCCUGAACCAUACCAUACUCUACAGCUCUACAGGAGUCUACACUACCAGCCAAUCACUUAAUCUGCCUCAGAAGCUCUGAGCUGGACCAAUCACAUAUUUAGUGCACUAAUAAACAAAUAUACACAAAUUAA